UUAAGUUUUGCGUUACGUCGCAGCUUUAUAAAAUUCUGAAACGCGGAAGUGGCUCACAAACAAAGCCCAGAGGUGACGGAGUUAGAUUUAAACGGUAAAGUUCAUCUUUCCUGCGAACUGGGAGACAACACAGCCCUCCAUCAUGGCCAACGAAGUUUACGCAGCGACGACGGUUUCUAACCCAAAAGCGCCGUUCUGGCUCGGCCCGGCGUCGGAGCAUCUGAACAUGCCGCGCUUCGCCCUGAAGAUCCUGGAAGUGCUGCUGUCCCUGGUGGCCUUCGUCCUGGAGGAGACGGUGUUCACCUGCCUGAACUGCUCUCCUCUUUACUUCUUUGAGUUUGUGAGCUGCACAGCCUUCCUCUUCACGGCGCUGCUCCUCUUCCUCCUCUCCACCACGCUGCACAGCAGGGUGGGCAUCAGCUGCUGGCCCAAAGUGGACUUCCUGUACACGCUCCUCAUCGCCGUCUUCUUCUUCAUCGCCUCCAUCGUGUUUGCAGCCAACAACGGCAAAACGACGGUGGAGGCCGUUGCCGUGGUUUUCGGCUUCCUGGCCAUGGCGGCGUUCAUCCUCGACUUCAUUGUCUUCCUGAAGGUCAAAGGUCAUCCCUUCCAGGGCGCUCAGGCCCCGCCCACCACCAACGGCGCCGUUCCUCCACCUGAAGCCGAGAAGCUGAACGGAGACGCCAAUGGAAAGGCGUAGGACGCGGCGCCGCCUGCAGGGGGCGCUCCGCCAGCCAAUCAGAGCCGCCUGAGACACAAACUGGUUUUUAUUCCUGUAGAUUCAGAACCAGCAGACACUAAACCAACCAAACCACUAAACUUUGCUCCACUGGGAAUCACACGCCUUACUGGUUCUGACUGGUUUUUACUGGUUCUGACUGGUUUUUACUGGUUCUGACUGGUUUUCUCUCACUCUGCCAGCUUUGCUUUUUAAUAGUUGCCUUAAAAUUCAGGAUAUCUUGUAGAAACGAUUUAAGCUCCUUAUUAACUUGCCACCGUUUCUGGAUGUUGUUUUGUUUUGUUUCUUUUUUUUUUAUUGAAUUUUUCUGUAAAUUUUCAGAUUUUUGUAUAUUUGUUUAGGAAGAUUAUUUUAUUCCCUGAAGGAAGAUGAAUGUUUAUUUUUCUAAAUGAAUCAGACAGAAAGUGUUCAGCUGCACAUUUAUGUCCAAAUGAAAUAUUUCUUAUCAAUCAUCUGCAGAUUUCACUGAAAUCAGGAGGAACCUGAAGUGAACCGCCUGUCGCUGUCCAGCAGGGGGAGCUCUAGUCUGAUUUUAGUCGUUUUCCAUCAUUUUCCCUGAAAUCAGUUACUUCUGAUCUGAAACAUGAAACGGUUGAACCUGUAAUGUUCCUGCAGCCGAUGGGAUUUUUCUCCAUCCUGCUGGCAGCAGCUUCAUGUUUCUAAAUGUUUCUGCUGCUUACACAGAAACUGAUCAUAUCAGAUCUUCGGUUUGGGUCCGGGUUCAACGUUUGUCCUGCUGUUACACUUUCAAUCGUCUUAAAGGAAACUACUUCCUGUCAGGCUGAGGGAACCACUUCCUGUUUUUAUUUAGUAGAAAACAACAGUUUCAGUCUUCAGGUUGAUCUUCAGCUUUUUCUGCCGUUUUGUAAAUGUUCAGUAAUCCCUCAGAUUAAACCGUUUAUGCUAAUAUUUUUGGUUUUUUUAUCUAUAUUUUUGUUUUUUUCUCCAUAUUUUUGGUUUUUUUCUCCAUAUUUUUGGUUUUUUCUCCAUAUUUUUGGUUUUUUCUCCAUAUUUUUGGUUUUAUGCCGUAGACUGGAGAGGACUGCAAGUGAAAGGAGAGCGGUUGUUUCUCCUCCUGGUUUAGUUUCUUCCUGAUCGACCUGAACAUGUUUGAAUCUGUUUUAUUGACAAUAAUCUGUGUGACAAUCAUGUAAACAUACAAAUACUAGCGGUUUUUCUGUCAGACGAUCCUGUUUGUGUCGGCGUGUCGCUCUUCAGAGCCAAAUCAAAUGUUUUCUAUGAUUUAUAUGACCUGUAACUUCCUGUUUCUCUGUUUGCUGCAUUUUAAUAAACGUUUUAACUUCA